AUGACCACGCUCUCCCGCCAAACACCCCGCUCAACCUCGAAACAACCCCUCAGGGAGGUCCAGAUCCUGCACGAUGAGCCCGCACAGGACAAGGACGACGCGCUCGGAUGGGCAGAGGUACAGGCUUUGAUCGAGGACUGUGAACUCGAGGCCGCAUCGUACCUCCGCACGCUCUCGACCUCCCGCUCGACCUCCCUCUCCUCCCUCACCCGUCACUUCACCGACACCCUCUCGUCGCUCGACCCGCGCGUGAGGGAGAUGCCUCUCGCGCGCUUCGUGGGCGAGUUUGGGAGCGAUGCGGGCAGGGCACUGAGGGGGGUCGUGGAGGAGGAGAUGAGAGUUAGGGAGGCGAAGGACGGGGCGCAGGGGGUGUUGGCGAGUGCGAGGAAGAGGAAACGCGUCCUCCCGCUCUCGCCGCGCCAAGACGGUCAGGACAUCGAAGACCCCGAAGACACCGACAACCCCUUCCUCGCGACAGCCAGCGCCAUCAAGCACAAGAAACUCCGUCAGGCGACUUCGGCUGCGGACUUGAAGGGGAAGGGGAAAGCGCCGGGGAGCGUGCGGAAGGCUGGAGGUGCGGCGGAGGGCGGUGGGACGGCUCGCAAAACCCGCCUCCGUCUCCGGCCCUCGACAACCGCCUCCUCCUCCGCAAACGCAAACUUCGUCUACCGCACCACCACCGCAAACCCCGUCCCUCCCACUCCUCUCCUCCCCUCAACCCGCCAGCCCAGGCGGGGCGAGUCGAUCGUCCUCCGGAGUUUGAACGACUCGCCUCUGGGAGAAUUUGUGGCGAGUUCGCUUUCGCAUUCGGCGGAGGAGGAGGGAGAGGAUGGGGAGGAUGGGGAGGAAGGGGAGGGAGAGGGAGAGUGGGAUUUGGUUGGAGAGGGCGAAGCAAGUCGAGUUGAACACCUCACUCCUUCCUCUCGCCUCCGCUCCCGGUCACCCAAGAAACCCAAAUCCAUCGCCGUCCGCCCGCCCACCUCAACAAACUUCAACGUCCCCCUCCCACCCAACGCACCCAGUUUCGAACAGCUCAAAGUAAAGUGGGUCGAGGAGGUCAGGGACAAGUUGAGGGCUCAAGCGGCGAGUGAGGGGGGUGGGGUGGGGGAGGAGGAGAGGAGGAGGUUGGAGGAGGUUUUGAUGGGGUUGUUGCGCUGA